CUUCUCCUUCCACUCCUCUGUCUUUUAUCCCUUUCUGCCAGCUGCUCUUCAUGCCUUCUCUUAGCUCUCCUGCAGAUAGUCCUGGCACAGAUUCCUCUGUUAAUGUCCGACACUUGUAUUGUGUGUUUAGGAGACCUUGGCGAAAGCGCCAGCGAUCCUCUUGCCCUCGCCGCCGAGGCCGCGCCAAGACUUGAUGUUCAAGUAGAUGGCAGGCCGACUACCACCUCCGUCAAGGCAGAUGGCGUAGAUGGCAGUGAGGAUACUGGUCAGAUCGCCCAGUUGCUUCCCUGCGGUCAUAUCUUACAUAACAAUUGCCUGAAGCCCUGGGUCGAACGAGCAAAUAGCUGUCCAAUAUGUCGCCGGAACUUCAAUGUUGUAGAACUCUGUGACCGAAUCGGAGGCCCCGUGCUUUCAUCUUACGCCGUGCAGGACCGCGUGCAAGUUGCAGAUGUCGACCCCUCGAUGGUGAUAGAGUACAUCGAGGAUGACGAUCUUGCUGAAUUCUCACCCUGUCUUAUCUGCGGAGAGGCUGACAAUGAAGAACUUCUCCUUCUGUGCGAUGGAUGCGAUGCCCCUUCGCAUACGUACUGCCUUGGGCUCGAUACUGUCCCGUCUGGGUCUUGGUACUGCUCACGGUGCGAGACCCAACGUGCUCGAGCACUGUCCCCCGACAGCGUUGAUAGGCAUUCACGGACUCAGGACAGACGUGGUCGCCGUACGAGAGCACAGCAACGGAGACUACAGAGCCGUACCCAGAUGAACUCUCUCCAUUGGGCGCGUGUGUGGCAGUCCGUUUGGGAUCACCUUAAUCUUGACCUGGAUUUUCCUUUCGAUGAUGAUAGGGCCGCGGAGCGGGCCCGACAGCAGCAAAGACGGGAAGAAGCCAACCAACGAGAGUUCCGCGCUUGGCAGCGUCGUUUCGAAGUUGCUGAACGACAGGGAGGUAGUAACCGCUUCAGAGACACAGCUGCCUUGCUCGAUAUUGAGGCUCCGCGACCAUCGCGGCCACGUGCUCCAAGGGAGCCAACACCCGAACCCGAGUCUCUGGAGGAGAUGAGGGCAUGGAAUGCCUUCGAGAGAGCUCGUGAGAUUGAGAAUGACCCUAGUGCAGCCCGAAAACGAAAGGAACCAACCAUGUCUCCCUCGCCAGAACCGACAGAGCCCGAGCGGAAGUUAAAACGUCCGCGAACCCGAAGAGCUGAAGAUUUAGCAGCUCUGGCUUUACAGAAUGGCGAGUCUUCCAGGGCUGCUAGCGCCCAGGCUUCCGCUCGGAUCAAUGCGGAAACCUCAAGCGAACCAAGCUUCCUUUCAUCUCUUCUAAAAGAAGUCGAGGAAGCUUCGAGCGACACAAACUCGCAUGUCAACUCUGCCCAGGUUUCAGUUGCUCCAACUGACCAUGCUACUCCUGGGCCCUCCCCGUCAAUAUCACCUGUGCCGUCCAACUAUUCUUCGCCCGGCUUAUCCUCUACAACACCUCCGCCUCGUCCAAGAAGUAGACCGAUAUCUCCACUACAACUCUCGACGCCAACCAACCCCUCAUCACCGCCCUUUUCGCCUGAUGUUUCUCCCCUCGGUUCUAGUAAAGAUACUGGAGACGCUACGCCGCCGCAGGGGCUCUCGGAUAGCACCCGACGCCGGAUUCCAAGGGCUGCAUUUCGUUCCAUUCCCUUGCGAGGGAACGACAAGUCUCCAAGUCGACCCGGCCUAUCUUUAGCAGUCAAGUCAGAUAUUCAAAAGCUUGUCGGAGCCGCCUUGAAGCCAUACUACCGUUCAAAGACUGUGUCAAAGGACGAGUACACCGAGAUCAACCGGAACAUAUCCCGUAUGCUAUAUGAACGAGUGGGCGGCACUGAAACUCUUGACGCUGACGCGAAGACCGAUUUGGAGGUCGCUGCGAAGGAGCAGGUCACCAAGGCUAUCGACGCCUUGAAACAAAAAUACAGGAUGGAGGACAACGGGCAUAUUGACAAUAGUUCUUGACACCUGAUUCUGAACAGAGUUUGGCAUUUCCCGGCGUUUACAGCGAUAUCAUGGUUCUACUGGGAGGAGGGCAUACCUUCGGCGUUCGAGUAUGAUCUUUUAGCGAGCUUACGCAUGUGAGAUGCGUUUGGAUACCCAGGAAUAUAAGACUGGUGGAUUUUUGGCUUCCCAAGUAUUUAAUGUGACCAUUUAUAGCCACGUUCUCCUGCCCUAUGCCGUAUCAUAGGCGACAAUAUCAACAUCAUCAUCAUAGCUACCGCUCAUGGUAGCUAUCUGUACAUGAAUCAACAAGCGGAACUGGUCUCUAGGUAGACAUAAAAUUCUUUAUAUGUAGAAGUAAAAGGUUCCGCCCGAGAUAUAGAGGUGUGCAACUGAACCGGUCAGAGACUUUUUACCAUGUACUUACUAUACUACUUGUGCCACAUGGGAUUCGCCUCAGCCGAAGAGCUUCGGCCAAUUUAAUUUGUAUCCCUCCCUCUUUGCACACCGCCAUCUUCCCUUCACAGGCCAAAGAGUCAGGUGUUAUCAUCUGGCUGCUGCUAUCAAGAUGCCCAAGUAUGAACACUUCAGUUUAUAUACAUGCACGCGGGCAAUGCACUUGAGCAAAGUUUAUGCCCCGCUCUAGACUAUCUACAGUGUACACACUGAGAAUUCAAUCUUCUCAAAUGUAGGACGCGCCAUGAUCAUCUG